AUAUAUGGUUGUUGAUCUUCCAUCAGAAACAGUUCAGUUACUAUAUUUUCAUGCUGUUUACAGUAUCUAAAUGUUAAUUAGAAGCUUAAGUUUCCUGAAAGUCUAGUUAAUUAGAGACUACUAACUUCUCCCUCAUUGUGAGAUGGUGAGUUACGUAACAAUAAGCCCCACUUUAGCUGUUGUGCAUCAGUAGAUUAUAUGUAAUUUGAAACCUAGGGGAGUUAUAUUGUGAUUUAAAACUUGUGGCAACCAGAAGUAAAGUACAUGUAAACAAGGUUUGAUUUACACAAGAAUCUUGAGUUUUACAGUCUGCAGAAUUAUACAAUGACAUUAAUAGAAGGAAGAAAAUUACAUAAUUGUAUAUGGUGCAUAAUAUACUGUUAAAACCAAAUGGGAAUGCUUGAGAAAUAUAUGUUAUUUUGGUAAAAUAAAUUUAUAAGAAAGAGCAGACAACAUAUACAAGGAAUUAGAAUUGCUGUUUUUUAAUUCAUUCUUUAAAAAAACCUAUGCAGUAAAAAGAGGGAGCUAUUUUGUUUUUGUUUCUGAUGUAUGAAAUAUUUUCAGUUGAUAACUUUAUAAAACAUACAGUAUAUGAGUAUACAAAUUUAGGACAAGUACACAUAAUUUGCUUCUUUUCACUUGAGGUUACUCGUCAACAGAGGAGGAAGUUCUCAUUCUACUCAUCAGUUUGAAUGCAGUCAUUAGUUGCAAUCAGAUGUUAAACUUUAUCUUGUUACUGACUUAAUAGAUGCUGUAAGCCUCAGAAUGAUUGAAGACAUUAAAGAGCAACUAGAGAAUCUUUCCCAAGAGGUGGCCUUACUAAAGGAAAAGCAAGCACUUCAAACAGUUUGCCUGAAAGGUACAAAGAUCAACCUAAAAUGUGUCCUGGCUUUUCCCCAUGCUAAGACCUAUCAUGAGGCGAAUGAAGAUUGCAUUUCCCAGGGUGGCACCCUCAGUACACCACAGACAGGUGAUGAAAAUGAUGCUCUCUAUGACUAUGUGAGGAAGACCCUGGGGAAUGAGGUGGAAAUUUGGCUUGGCAUCAAUGACCUGGCAGUGGAGGGCAAAUGGGUGGACAUGACAAGCAGCAGCAUUAGCUAUAAGAAUUGGGAAACAGAAAUCACCACCCAACCUGAUGGAGGGAAGCAAGAAAACUGUGUAGCAUUGUCUGCAGUGGCUGUGGGAAAGUGGUUUGACAAGAGAUGCAGAGAUCAGUUGCUCUAUGUAUGCCAGUUCAUGAUUGUUUAAUAGAUUCAUCUCAGGGAAGGUUUAAUCAGUAUAAUCCAUUGAUCCCUCGAGUUUUGUGUGUGCAUCUGUGUUUACUUAAACAUAGAUAUAUAGAUAUUUAUGAUGAGACAUAUACCUAUGUAUACAUGUUUAACAAAAAAUGUAAUGGCAAUGUAUUAUAAGGAAUUUGAUCUUUACUGCACUUUAACUGGUUAUAAGCUUAGAAGCAACAUUAUAUUUACUUAGCUACAAAUAAUAAAUAUCUAUACUUUUACAUUUAGAAUUUAUUACAAAGACUUCACAUUGGGAACAUUCAAUCUCUGCCAAAGUUUCAAUUUAUUGUUGCAUGCAAUUUUCCUUCAGUCUUCUUUCUUCUCCAGCUAAUCACCCCAAAAAGUGGCUUUUGUUAAACUCAUAUCCUUAUCUGUUGGACUAAAUAGUUAAAUAGUUCAUCUGAAGAUGAAAGUGUUUUUAGCAUCCCUGCUUUCAUUUCAGCGCUGAACUCAAAAGUAAGCAGAGUUGCCUUAGUUUAUUCUAUGUAUACAAUAAGAGAAGAAGCAAUGAAGGAACUAACAAAAAUGUUUUAUGUGUUUUGUUAAAAUAUAUAUUACUAAAUUGCUUGGCUGUAUUUCUUCUACAAUUUUCUUCUGGACAUAUCUAGAUUAAAAACAUUAGGUAAAAAUGAAGAAAAAGUAAAGUGGGGAAAGAAUUGACCUACUUGCUGCAACAAAUUGUACCAAUGCAUAGAAAGAAAAGUGAAAUAUUUCAGGAAGUGGUUGCAGCACUAAUCUUCACCCAAGUAACAUGGUCAUUAGGGGAAAAAAUCCAGAGUAUUUCUUCAAAAGACUCGCAUAGAAACAUCAGGGAGUCAGUCAUCAGCUUGAUUCUGACUAUGGUUCUUGAUCAUUGUGUUUACUUAUUUACACGUAGGAUUUAUUUCCAUUCACAAAGGAGAACUUUUUUCACCUGUUGAAAAGUAUCUGAAUGAGUUUCCUCAUUUACCUGAAUAAAGAGGAUAUCUAUUGGCAAAAAUACAUUGCGUCAAGGCUGCCUCUGUUCAAUUCCUAGGAAAGAAAAAUCCUUGGUUCCAUAGAUUUAGAGAAAAGUAUUUUUACUGGGAGCAAACUGAAGCAAGCUCUGAGGCACAGAGUGUGAUUAGCACAGAUUCAGCCCCCCAGUAGCUAGGCAAUCAGAGGCCACAGCAUAACAGAGCAAACUGACAUGGCCUUGAAAGUAACCACACUUGUAAAGCUGUAAUGUAAACUCCCCCCUAUUUUAUGGCAGCAGGCAUCCAGCUAGCUGACAUUCAGCCCCCCAUAACAUGUAUAUAGUUACAACAUACAAUACAUCACACCA